GAGACGUCCCAGAGACCCCCAAGACAGCACAAGAGCGCUCCAAGAGUGACCGACGUGACCUCAAGAUGGCCCAAGAGGCCUGCCGUAGCCAUUUUGGCUCAAGACGGUCGGCCAAAGGGCCGCUGCGUGUCGCAUCGGCCGUCGCCCCCUUCGCCUGCAUAGCUUCUAGCCCACCCUGGCGCCCCGGGGGCGACCACCCCCGAGGGGGCCGCAGUGCGCGCGGCAUGGAGAGCCCUCCGGCCGUCGAGCACUCGCUCGGCGGCAGCCCCCGCGAGGCGCGCCGCGGGCCGCGCCGGGCCCCCGCGGCCCCGGGGCCGGACGGCCCGGCGGAGUUCUCCAGCAGGCAGCUGGAGCAGCUGCGGCACGUGGUGCAGGACGCGAUCCGGAAGGAGGUCCAUGUGCGGCUCUCAAAAGAGAACCGGUCCCGCUCCAGGGGGUGCCAUCGCAGCCGCAGCGGCAGCGUGUCCCUCGACGACUGGGUGGAGGGCGCGGGCGCGAAAGCGGUGCCCGUGCAGGCCAGCGGAAGCAUGCGGGGAAAGGCGGCGGACGACCCGGUGGCCGCAGAUGACGGGGAUCAGGAGGACGGCGGCCCGGAGUCCCUGUCGGGGAGCCCCAGGACGAACCAAAGUUUCGGGUCCCCGGUACAAUGGAAGCCCUCCAGCUUCAAUGACCAUGGCAGCUCCGCGGCGACCAUGCUCAACAAGAGGCUGCCGUCCACGGCGACCAUAGAGCUGAGCGACAGCAUGCCGCUGUGGCAGAGGCAGUUUCAGAUCAGGGUGCAUCUCUUCGUCCAUUCCCACGCGUUUGACGGGGUCAUGGGCCUCGUCAUCCUGGCGAGCUGCGCGGUCACGGGCAUAGAGGUGCAGCUCAAAUUUGACGGGCAAGACGUUAGUAGCUGGCUUUCUUCUCUCAUGCCUUGGCUGGACUCGUUGUUUCUGUUCUGCUUCAUAGCCGAGGCUGGGCUGCGUGUAGUGGCAGAUGGCAGGAAAGUGUUUGACAAUCCCUGGUUCCGUUUCGACAUCGUCCUCGUUACUAUCGGCGCUAGCGUUUCCUGGAUUCUCAUGCCUAUCGUCACCGCGGUUGGCGUCGAGGAUCUACCCAUCAUCUCGCAGAUACUGACCCUGCGAGUGCUUCGGCUGCUUCGAACUGUACGGGCCUUCAGAACGAUGGACAUGUUCAGCGAGAUGUGUAGGCUGAGCAGCGGGCUUUUAAGGUCGGCGCGCACGAUGCUGUCAGUGUGUUUGCUGGUGAUGAUUGCCAUAUUCACUUUCUCGGUGCUCGGAGCCGAUCUGAUAUUCAAGUCCGAGAAGCUCAGGUCCGACGACGUGACCGCCCUGAUCGUGGAGAAACACUUCUCGAGCAUGGGGGCGUUCAUGCUCACCCUGAUGCAGUUCGCGAACGCGGACUCCCUCGCGGGCAUCUACUACCCGUUGAUCGUUGUGGAACCGCUGCUCGGGCUAUACUUUCUUGCCCUCUGGGUGGUGGUGACCGUGGCCUUGAUGAACCUGAUCACCGCAGUUAUCGUGGACAGCGCUCUGGCCCUCGGGCGCGAGGAGGCCGAGGUGAAGGAGGCCCGCGACCGCAAGACGCUGCAGCGGAACAUCCCGAUCCUCGAGGACCCUCCGCUGCGAAGAGACACGGCGCAGCAGCCCUGGGAGCCAGGCCAACGGGAGCAUAGCCCUGGCGCUCGCGGGCCGCUCCCUUCGGACCCCGACGUCGGGGGCGCCCACCCUCUCGCGACUACCGGGGCUGGCCCGUGGCCGGGGAGGAGCCCCCUCCGCUCCUGCAGCUGGCGCUCCGCUCCUGCGGGGGCAUAGGAGCUGUUCGACAAGAUAGACAGAGACGGGAGCGGCAGCGUCACACACGAUGAGAUACACAAUCUACAUUCGAAGGGCCAGCUGAAAUUUCCCGCAGAAGUGCAAGCGAUCAUCGAUGCCGACCACCUGGUCAACAUGUUCGAGUUCAUAGACAAGGACAAGUCUGGAGAGAUAGACAAACAGGAAUUUAUAGAUGGAAUCGUUUGCCUGGCACUGAACAAUUUAUCAAUCGAGACGCUGCAAAUACUUCAAAUGCUUCGAGACAUUCAGGGCAUGAUGACUGCUAACAUUCGUAGUAGUUCGUAAUCUUCGCUGCUGACGACAAGUGACCAGAAAAGUAGUUCGUAAUCUUCGCUGCUGAUGAGGGUUGCAGUACAGUGGAGGCCCAUGCCAAUAGACACCCGUCUUGCCUCCAGGGUGCCCUGGGUUUCGGUGGUUUUGCCAUGGACAGCGUGACGUUCCC